AUAUAUAUGUGAUUGUGCAAUAUCAACUUCUUCAUGUGACUGAUUUUAUGUAUAACACCAAAUUUAGAUGAAGUGGAAUACACCACUUAGGUUAUCAAUGGCUUUUGUGAUGGAAAUCAAAAGUCUUACAUUAUAUAUAAAGGAAAGUUAAGUAGUAUAUAUAAAUAAGAAAAACCCAAAAAAUUUAAGAUUUUCAUGCUCUCAUAUUGUUGAUUCAGUACCUAUUAAUGAAGAUCUUCUAAAGGUUGUAUUGUAUUCAACAAUGUAAUAAAUAUUGUAUUUUUUUUCUUUCACCAGUUAAUAUUUAUGUUUGUUGUUGUGUUUUUCCCUAGAGAAGCAAGUUCCUCGUGUAAGAAAUAUAAUGUGAUGGCAUUUUCAAAUUACAGCAAGAAAUUGUAUUUAUUGUUUCAUAGUUUCAUUUUAACGUAGUUGUGAUUUGGUAGGUUGUAACCAAUUUAAGAAGAAUUUGGCAGAUAAGAAAGAUGAGAAAAGAAAUGGUUGUGGACAGAUGAUGGUAUACGACAGGUAUCUUAAAAAAGUGAUGAGAAUGGAGAAGGCAACGAUCCAUGGUGCAGCAUCAGAUUGCAGGCCACUGACCACCUUUGUUCAGACAAACUCAGAUGCAUUCAGGGAAGUGGUACAACGUUUGACAGGUCCAUCGGAACCAAAAGUAGGAGAGUCUGCAAAGGUUUCGACCAUGAAAAGGACAACCUCAAAACUCCAUGAGAGAAGGAAAUCCAUGAAGCCAAAGCUUGAGAUUGUGAAACCCAUUUUGCAUUUCAAAACAGGUGCAUGUUCUUCACCCUCUAAGUCAUCAAAAAGUUGUAGCUUUCCUCCGAGUCCUGGAUCAGGAAGUUCAAGCCUUCUUCAUAGCCCCACCACCCCUUCGACCUUGUUCUCCCAUUUGAGCAUUAUGGAGAAUGAAAAGAAACAAGAGUCGGUGAUGCAUGAAUUGAACACAGAAGAAGAAGAGAAAGCUAUCAGAGAAAGGAGAUUUUAUUUGCAUCCAUCACCACGUGCAAAACCAGGUUACAGUGACCCAGAAUUACUUAUUUUGUUUCCUCUGGCCUCUGCUAAACCAUGUGAGAAACUAGAAUUUUGACCAUUCUCACAUUCUACUCUGUUAUCUUCACCAUCAUUACCAGAUACCAAUAUUUAAUUCAUAUAAUUUUUAAUCAAAAUUAUGCUUUUUAAUUCA